UAUUUAAUAACUUUUAUAAUUUUUUACCGAAAUGAAGCUUACAAUUGACGAUAGCAUUCAUGACAAGUUUCACUCACUUGAGCUUGAGGAUGAUGCAGCAGUAGAAGACCUGAAGGUCCUGAUUGAGGUCCAGUGUGGUGUCCAGGUUGAUGAGCAAACUCUAGUCUUUCAAGGGUCUUAUUUACAAGAGGAUUCGAGCAAAUUAAAGCAUUUGGGCAUGAGAAAUAAUGAUAUUGUACAAUUACAGAAAGCAGUAGCCCGUCCACCUCCUUCUUAUGGAGGAAUGGGAAUGCCAGUAGGAGGCGGUGGAAUGGGAGCCCCUGCUCCUGCCCCUGCUCCUGCACCAAACUUCCUAGAUCAAAUGAUGGGUUCCCUCGGAGGAGCUCCUGGCGGAAUGGGAGGAGGCCCUCCAAUGGCCACCAUGGAUCCUUUAAGUGCAGAGUAUCAGAAAGCCUUAGAAGAGCGCAUUCAGCAGAAUAAUAUUGAUGAGAAUUACAAGCAUGCUUCUGAAUUUAAUCCAGAAUUGUUUGUUCACACCACGAUGCUUUACAUUGAGUGUAAGAUUAACGGGAAUGAGCUCCAAGCAUUCGUAGACUCUGGGGCUCAAAGUACAAUUAUGUCUCACCAAUGAGCUGAGAGAUGUAACCUCUUGAGACUUAUGGAUAAGAGAUUCUCUGGAAUAGCUAAAGGAGUUGGAACUUCUAGAAUUCUGGGUAAAAUCCAUGCUGCUCAGAUUCAGAUAGGAGAUGUAUUCUUUACAACAUCCAUUACAGUGCUAGAAGACGAUAAGAUUGAUAUGCUAUUUGGAUUGGACAAUCUGAAAAGACAUAAGUGUUCUAUUGAUCUCGCUAAUAAUCAGCUAACUCUAGACGAAGGCAAGGUCGCUGUCCCCUUCCUUAAGGACGAAGAGAUCAAUUGCGAUUAUGUUGAAGAAGCCAAGGAAGCCAUGAUGAACGUUGAUAAAAACAAUAAUAUGCCAGAAGACGAGAAGAUCGAAGAAUUAUUGAAGAUGGGUUUUGAAGAAGCUGAUUGAAUCAGAGCACUCAAACAAGCAGGUGGAAAUCUCCAAUUAGCAGCAAGUAUUUUGGGAAAUAUGUAGCUCAUAAAUUCUAAUCCAUGUUUUACUAAUCUAACCAUCAGUGACUCC